AUGCCCUGUUGGGAAUCGCGCAGGCGCAGCUGUCAUCAACUAAGCGACUGUGGCAUGACUUAAAAUCCAGGACACCGUCACACGCACCAGCUGCGAGCCUUUUCUCAGCCUGCAUCUCACAUUUUGCCCUGCUGCUCUACAAUCACAAGGCACUAGCAACAAUCAUGGCUAUCAAAGACACCCUCUCCAAGCUCGCUAAGCGCAGCUCCAUCAUCCCCGCCUCAUUUGGAAAGGCCAACGGUACUACAAAUGGCACCACCACCACCAACGGCACAAAUGGCACUACAGAAAGCACCUCGCAUUGUGGCCCGCUUGAGAAGCCUGCCACGGAGGAGGCUGCCAACAAGACCAAGGAUUCUGCUCGCUUCAUCAUCAUUGGUGCUGGUUCCAGAGGCUACGCCUACGCCAACGCCAUUCAUAAGUUCACCAAUGGUGUAGUCGCCGCUGUGGCAGAACCCUACAAAUUCAAGAGAGAGACUAUUGGCAAGAAGUUCAUCUGGGGUAGUGAGGAACCCUCGGAGGGCCAAUCCUUCGAGGCCUGGGAUGAGUUCCUCGAGUACGAGCUGGCUCGUCGUAAGAGAGUUGCCGAUGGCGAAGAGAACGUGCCUCCUGGUGUCGAUGGCAUCUUCAUCUGUGUCCUCGAUGAGAUGCACCACGAGCUUGUCGUCAAGCUGGCUCCUCUCGGCCUCAGCAUCAUGUGCGAGAAGCCUCUGUCCACCUCUCUCAAGUCGUGCAUUGAGAUGUACAACGCCGUCCACAAGAACCUCAACAGCAGCGUCUUCUCCAUCGGCCACGUUCUCCGCUACAGCCCUCAUAACCUUGUCCUUCGCCGCCUACUGAUUGACGAAAAGGCCAUUGGCAACAUCAGCUCCGCCACACACACCGAGCCCGUAGGCUGGUGGCACUUUACACACGCCUUUGUCCGCGGCAACUGGCGAAACUCCAAGACCACCGCUCCCUCGCUUCUCACCAAGAGCUGUCACGACAUUGACUUUUUGCUGUGGCUGCUCUGCUCUCCUGAAAAGGCUGGCCAGGGCGAGCCUCAUCUUCCUACGACCGUCUCUUCAUCUGGUGGCAUCCACUUCUUCAAGAAGAGCCGCAAGCCUGCCGCCGCCGGUGACGCCACCAACUGCACAAAAUGCCCCUUGGGCGACUCUGGCUGCAAGUACUCUGCCAAGAACCUGUACCUUGGACCUCACGAGGAGAGUAUCUCGGCUGGCAACACAAAAUGGCCCAUCAACAUUGUCGUCCACGACAUUGAAGACUACAAGACUAUUGAUGAGCGCAAGGCUGUCAUGACCAAGGCCCUCGAAGAGGACUGGGAUGAGACCACGCCCGAAGCCGAAGUUAGCAAGCGUCCCUGGUACGGCCGUUGUGUGUUUGAGACAGACAACAACGUCUGUGACGAGCAGUUUGUCACCAUCACAUGGCCCGAAGGCAUCAAGCCUGCCAAGCGCAUCACCUUCCACAUGGUUGCUCAGACCAAGAAGAUCUGCCAGCGCUUCUCCAACUUCUAUGGCGACAAUGGCGAGAUCUACGCUGAUGGCGACAAGAUUGUCGUGGAGAACUUUACCACUGGCGAGACAAAGACAUAUACUCCUGAAGCCGAGUCGGCAGGUCACGGCGGCGGCGACAAGGGCCUGACAAGCCAGUUUGUCAAGGCUGUCGACCAUGUCAAGAACAAGGGCUGGGAGGCGCAAAAGGCGCAAAACGAGUUCAUCGGCUGCACACUAGAUGAGGUGCUCCGCAGUCACGCCAUGGUAUUUGCUGCUGAGGAUGCUAGAUUGAACGACAAGGUCAUCAACUGGCAGCAGUGGUGGGAUGCCGAAGUUGGCGCCGCCAUGGAGACGAAGGAAUAGACUAUGUCAUCGACAUGACUUAUUAAUAAUGUUAAUGCAAUGAUAAUUU